AUUUAAUUUCUACUUCAGAGUUAUUAGCAGAUUAGACCCUAAUGUCAGUCAAUACCUACAACGUCGUUGGAUGCAUCGACGAGAAUUGUGGGCGGCCUGUUUCAGAGAUAACGUGCCGACUUUUGGGAACGAAACAAAUAAUCGUGUCGAGAGUUCCCACAAGCAGAUGAAACGGUUUUUGCAAAGAUCUGAUAGUCUGCAUAAAAGUAUGCUAAAGGUGUAUAAAUGGCAUAAACGAAGUUUUUCAAUAAUACAGCAGGAGGCGAAUAUUGCUCAAUCACGAUGCUUCACGUAUCCCUGUUCACAAAGUUUAAUCCCAAUUAUACGGUUGCUUACACCAUACGCCGCGAGGAAGGUAAUACGUGAAUACCAAUUGCGACGAUGGGCUACUGUUGAGUUCGAAUCCGUUGAUUAUGUAUUUUUCAAAGAAAAUGGGAAAACAGUGCAGGUUGAUCUGAGUACUUGCACCUGCAUGUGCUUUACAUUUCAGACCUGUCGGUACCCCUGCCGACACUUGCUUUUGGUCCACUUAAGAAAGCCGUAUUUCACAG